AUGGCAUUCUCAGAAGAGCGCUUAGUAACGAAAUUGAACGGGUUGGACGAGACUCAGGACUCAAUUGUUGGUGCUUCUCGAUGGUUACUCUCUCAGCACAAAGAAAUCAAGCAAAUUGCGGCUUGCUGGAGCAAAUUUGUGACUAAAACAACGAUCAACACGCGAAGAAAGCUGCUGGCAAUAUAUCUAGCGAACGAUGUUGUCCAACAGGCCAAACACAAGCGUAUGGCGGAAGUUGGUGCUGCGUUUGGCGAUAUAAUGCCUGGAGCUCUUAGUCGUGUAUAUCCCGAACUAAGCCUGGAAAUGCGCCAAAAAGUUCGACGGGUGGUGGAUAUAUGGAAGCAAAGACAGGUUUUCUCCGAUUCAGUGCUGAAAAGCGUGUAUUCGCAGCUGAAAGAUGAACCUCGCCCUGACUCUCCUGCAGUGGCCCCAGAAAUGCAAAACUUGGUUGUUCUUUUCAACCAACUGACAAAAUCCCAGGCCGGUGUGAACUCCAGUAAAACCCGGUUUGACUCUUCCGUAGAGGCGUUAGACCCCAGUAGCGCUGUAUACACAGAAAACUACAAGAUUAUUCAAAAAAUCGGCCAAGCAGCCAAAGAUGCGUUGCAAAUAUCGCUAGAUAUUCGUCAAAAGGCCAUCAAAGAGCUGAAAGUCAUGCUGGACUUUCAAAACGAACAAUUGCAACAAGAUCAGAACAUGAUUAGCGAGGUUGACGCGGUGCUUGUAGCCAAAGAUCCCCUCAACUCGCAGCCAUUAUCUGCCGAAGAAGCUGAGAUGGUUCCAGUUUAUGAGGCCAGCGACGGGAGCGACAGUGAUACAGACAAGAGUGACGUAGAAGGAAAUGAUACUAGGAGGCGUAAGUCCUCGACCCUAUCAACGGAGCAUAAGGACGAUGUGAAGAGGCUCAAAUCAAUUGCUGUGGAGCCCAAAUCUGACACGGGCGAAAGAGCAGAUACUUUCGACGCCGCUACCUACGAACCAACACCUGCUGAGGUUGCUGCUAAUUCUCCCAUGGCUGUGACGUCAAGCAUUCAGGACUUACUAAGUAAAUUAGCUAGCUGA